GUGUGUCCAAUUUGGCGAUGAAAAGCUUCAAUUGGAGGAGGAUGUUUUCGAUAUGGGCUUCAAUCAUUUCCACAUUCAAGUUAUCGAAUCUCCGAAAAAUCUAUCAGGGCGCCCAUUUCAUGGUUUGUGUCCACCUGCACGUUAUUUCGAAGUUUAUUUCUGACUAUUGACAUAUUUUGAGGGGAAAACGGAUGAUAGCAUCGAGUCUGAGCGGCAGGAAAGUGAAAGAAUUUUGAGAUUGGUGAUAGACGCAUUGCCGAUUGCUAUCUAUCACAGGUAGGAGGAAGAUUCUAUAUAUUAAUGCUUCAAACCAGCCAAUCUUUUCCCCUUUAUACAUAAUUUCAUGUACAUUCUAUAGAUCAUUCAUUAAAAUUUCUUGUUAUUCAAUAUGCGGUCUUCCUUGAUAACAGUUGCUGCCCUGAUGGGCAUGACUUUUGCAACACCGGUGCCACAAGAUAUCGAUUUUGCUAUGGUCGAAGCCGCGCCUGAUCCCGUUACUACUGGCCCUCCUGUUGGUGUGACUGCUCAAUCUGUCACCUACGAUGCUUCGACCGCCAUCGUUGCUGCUACUCAAGCUGUUGCAUCUCAAUCCGUAGCAAUCAGUGAUGCUGCCAAUGCCCCCAAGAUUAAAAGAACAGCGUGUCAAGCUCAGCCAGCAGGUGCUACUGGAGCUCCAGCAUACACUCCUGAUUCCCCGUCUGCUUUUUUAGGCAAUCCUGGAUUCUCUGAUGCUGCUUCUGCUGCUUCCACUCCAGCUGGAUACACGCAAUCUUUCAGAAAUCUCAAAGCGUCCAACAAUGCCUAUGGAUAUAUGGGUUUCACUACUCUUGAAACCUAUGAUUCGGAAUUGUGUGCAUCGAAAUGUUCUGAUAUUAAUGGAUGCAUGGCCUUCAACCUUUACUUUGAGCGUGAUCCAAGUGUUGAACCUGGAGCAUCAUGCGAGGAUCCUGCAAGUGUUACAAUGAUCAAAUGCGUGUUUUGGGGUGGCCCGGUCUCUACCGAAAAUGCCUUGAACUCUGGACAAUACAGAGAUAACUUUCAGGUUGUGAUUGCUGGAUCAAAUGGCUAUACGAAUAACAGCAUUGCUCCUAUCCCUGGUUAUGGAGAUGCACAAUUUCUGGGAAAUGCUGCUAUUAAUGCGCCAUAUGAUACACAAGGAUGCAACACGUACAUGGGUUCAACAAUAUUUUCUACUGGCCCCUUCGAUGCAUCUCUCUGUGCCGCUUACUGUAGCGCACAAUCAAAAUAUAACCUUGAGCACCCUCCGUCUGAUGGAAGUCCAGUAAAGACUUGCCAAUUCUUCAACACUUAUCUCCUUUAUGUCAACGAUCUUUCUCACACACAAGGCCAAUAUUGUGCCAUUUACUCCGAGGCAUGGGAUUCCAGCUACGCAACCAAUGUCGGACAAUACCGUGGAUCUGAUCAUUAUCUCAUUGGACUGUCAUAUACCUACACUAACGCAACCAACCCAGGAUUGACAUCUGGAGAUAAGACAUGUGCUGUUGCUCAAGCAUCAGUUGAGAUCUCCUACUCAUCUCUCCAACCUUAUUGCAGCACCUUGCUCGGCUUCGCAGCUGAUACUGUCACCGCAUCAACUACCAUUACCUCGAUAUUUACAUCGACCGUGGUCUCUCAGGCUACUAUUACGGAAGCCAAUAACCCUCUUACAGAAAGAGCCGACGCCCCAGCGCAUCUAGUUAACGGCACCCCUCUCAUACCUUUCAUGGCCGCUAAUAACACCAUCACUCCAGUAAAGCGCUCCGUUGCUACUACGCCAGCUGGACUUACUAAAUACCCUGGAACUGUUAUCUCAUCAGCAUGCUCUGCACAAGCUACCAAACCAACUAUCGCUGUUACCGUUUACAUAACUAGCUACGUCUCGACAACCACUUCAACUACCACCACCUCUACCACCACCGCUACCGCUAGUCCUAUCCCAUCAUUCGUUAUUGCCUCCGGAUCCGAUAAAUCCCAAUUCGUAACUUACGAAGACACGGGGAGUUUCAAGAUCCUGAAAUUAUCUCCCAUCACCGCAAGCACCGCAGCAAGCUUCUACCUCGAUGGUCAAUCCCUCUACUCGUCAGACAAGACCCGCAUCGCCGAUACCGACGGUGGUUCCCGCUCAUCAUACAUUUUCAUGGACACACUCAGCACUGUCGGAAAUUUUCCAUUGAUACAAUGUACAUUGGGAACAUAUGACGCAUCGGUUGGUGGAUAUCCUCUAUCGUGUAUUGGCGGGGGAUCUACUCCCCGCCCCGUCUUGCAAGUUGGCGAUUCGAGCAGGUUGGUACUUGCGAGUAGUUUGCAAACUAAUGGUAAUAUACCCACUCUAUAUGCCAUUCCAGCUCGAGCGAGCAAGAGACAAUGCGCGAAGGCGCGAAGGAGCACGAAGGUGUAGAGAUGAUGUUCUUAAUGAGGAGAGUGGAUUUUAUUGCUCGCA